GGUGUCAGCCACUCUUGAGCCGCGGUUCGUUGCGGGUGGUGGUCCGUCGUAGUAGCAUGCUCUCACACGCUCACGUCCGUUUACACGCAUUUCGAAUGUGAUACUGUCGUAUAUUCCGUACACGGGUGACCACGAAACGCCGAGCGGGUGAAACACCACACGAGUUCGUAUAACGCAAACGCACUCGAUCGUGUCGUGUGUUAGUUAAAAAAAAAAAAAAAAAAAAAAAAAAAUUAAAAAAACCAAAAGAAACAAUAACAAUCAAAAGUAAAUCUUAUCGCUAUCUUUGUUGCCGCCGAAAUAUCGUAUUUUACUUUUUUAGACUUUUUUCCCUUUCGCUCUUCCUCCCAUCGCAAGACGCGCAGAUCACUCAUCGUCGCUUUCACGUUACAGGUUUCAAAGGCAUCGUACUUAACGGAUUUAACAAGAUAUCAAGUUUAUACUUCGUUAGGAUGAAGUGAUAAAGGCACCGAGGCACGAGCGUUCAAAAUGAGUUUCUUCACUUCGCUCCAUCAAAUAGUCACCAGCAGCGUGGCCAACCUGAACCUGAGCCCAAAGCGGUUCUCGUUGUCCAAGGAACCGGGACCGGACGGAGAAGAAACGGCAGCGGCCCUGGCGGCCGCGGCCACGACCGCGUCCAGUCGGUCGGCGAGCACGGGCAGCGUGAGCGGCAUACCACGCAUCGUGACGCCCCAGGGCAGCGGCGGCGGGCUCCGGACAUCCGGGCCCAGAAGAACCGGAUCGUUCAGGCAGAUCUCUCAGCCCAGGAACCCGAUGGCGUUCUGCAGGCGCAGGACCUCGUGGCCCGAGAUCGAUCAGACCGCGUCGUCUGGAGUGCACGAAACGGAUGGUUCGUUUUUCGAAAAGUAUAGCAGUUUACAAUGGAAAUUGGAUCAAAGACGAUUGCAAAUGAUCAAAGACAGUCGGCAAGAUGAAUGCCCGCCGCCAGAGCACAGCGUCGGGGUGAAACCACCACCUGUCUCCAACAUUCAACCCAAAGAGAUGGAACAUUUGUACAUGGACGUCUUGUAUACAAUUAAGUACAAAGUUGGCGCCGACACAGAACUCAGUGCGCAUCGUGACCAACUGUACGUUUAUGCGCAAAAAGCAUUUGACGUCACGCCCGAACAGCAUAGACGUUAUAUGGCAAUAGUGCACGAGGAAAAACCUCCAAUCGUGGUACUACACGUGACCGUGGUUGAAGCGGAAGGCCUGGAGGCGAAAGAUGCUAACGGUUAUAGCGAUCCGUAUUGCCUACUGGGACUGAUGAGGAGGACCGACGAAACGGCGACCCGGCUGGCCGAGGGCUCGGCUGAAGAAUGUUCCACCGUACUAUCGCCGGUCGCUCUCAUGGCUGGCAUUAUCGGGUUCAGCGACCCGUACUGCAUGCUCGGCAUCCAGCCGGGCACGGUGUCCCCGCAGCCCAGCACGGGGCCGCCGCCCUCACCGGCCAACAGCCCGUCGCCGUACCAGCCACCGCUGUCGCCGAGGCCCGUGCAUGCCAACGCCCGCACGCUGUCCGAGGGAGGCAUCGAGUUGCCGGACGGCCGGCACGACCAUCACGACAAGCUGCGCAAACACCACAGUUUCCGGUUGAGUUUCAAGAGAAAAGAACGAGGCGGCGGUUCGAGCGGUAGUGUUUACGGAUGCCGGGAGCACCGGGAUAGCAUUUCGGCCGUUCCCGCACGGUUCAUCCAAGCGACCAGCGUGCGCAGAGAGACACUAAAUCCGAAAUGGGGUGAAAGUUUCAUGUUCGAUAUCGAUGACGUGACCAGUGACAUCUUACACCUGGACAUUUGGGACCACGACGACGAAUCGUCUGUAUUGGACGCGGUUAGCAAACUGAACGAAGUGAGAGGCGUCAAAGGUCUGGGAAGGUUUUUCAAACAGAUCGCUCAAAGCGCCAGGUCCGGUAGCCAGGACGAUUUUUUGGGAUGCAUAAACAUACUCAUCCAAGACGUGCCUUCCACCGGUCUCGACAAGUGGUAUCAGUUGGAGGCUAGGUCGCAGAGAUCGAACAUCCAGGGUAGCAUACGGUUAAAGCUGUGGCUUUCCACCCGCGAGGACCAUGGUCAGCCAAUCACGCAAAACAAUUUUGACAACUGGACCGACGUACGUCGCCAUGAAAGACUGUUGACCAUAUUCGCCGAUUACGAAAUGUCACUGACAAAGUCCAGCCUGUGGAACGGCGAGCUAUGUCACGAGGCCACGAGCAUACUGCACCAGCACGCGGUUCAAAGCGGCGUAUCCGAGCUUCAGUUGGCCGUCAUAAGGUGGCUAGCGUACAGCCACAUACCGUCCAUAGACCCGCAGUUCCUGUUGAAGCAACUGUCUCAGCUGGAAGCGGCCUGGGGAGAGCAGACGUUGACCGGCGAAGAGGAGGAUUGGCUGGCUGAUUCUUUCAACGUUUUCCUAGACUAUUCAUUGCAAUUGAUCCGAAAGUACCGCAAACUAUUUCCGCCACAUCAUCACGUGUCGAUGAACCGGUUGGAGUACAUACUUAGAUGCUUGAGCCGGUUGUCGCUGUCGAAAGCGUACGGAAAAUGCUGUCCUUUCAACAAAGACAUUCGCGGCGAGAUCGGCAACGCACUCAGAGUCGGCACGCACGAAUGGUACGAGGAGAACAAAAAAUUCACGGCCACCGGGCAACACGAUUCAGAAACCCGACUCAAAGGGUUCGUGAGAUUGGUUACUGCCGUUCUGAUCGAUUUGCAAAAAGGAGUGGAACACUACAACGUAUUAUUCGAAAAUAUAAACGGCGUGUUUUAUUACGCGGCCAUCUACAAACAACACGAAAAACUGUUGGCAAAGGGAUUUUCAAAUCAUUUGGACAUAAUCAUGGAGUUGUCAAAUGAUCUGAGCCAAGAAAUAGCACCCAUCUGCAAAAAAGUGAAAGGAGCUGAUUUCGGGAUGGACACUCCGCUGUCUCCGACCAACUCGGAAACCGGAGAAUCAUUGUUUGAACUCUAUCUAGCCGUUCAGGAGUUUAUCAGAUACCGCGAACACCUUAACGCAUCCGACUACAAAGGCUUGUCGACCCAGUGCUACUACCAUUGGUUCGAACCGGCUUUGGAAAAGUGGCUGGAUCUGGCCAAGUUGAAAAUCGUUCAACGAGCGAAGAAAGCUUUGGAGUUGAGUACGAUCUGUCACGGCGAGAUGACCGUCAAACACUCGACGUCCAGCAACGAUGUGGCCACCGCGCUGUGUCACAUGAAAGAGUUCUGGAAACAUCUCGCCUGGCCGGAUCUAAUACAAUCUUACAACUUCGUACUGAAACUUUUAGACGCUAUGUGUGAAGCGGUCUUGUUUUACGCUCAAUUGGUCCACCAGAGAUUAAAGGAUUCCGGGUUUUACGAAGAUGUGUCACCAUUCAAAGCAUCCGACGAAGUUUGCGCAGCGCUGAACGACUUAGAAUACGUUUGGCGAACCGUGGCCUCGAUGCCCGACGAUUUACACUUGGAAACCGUCGUGUCCGCGGUGGAAGCCACUGGUGAGGCUACGGCUGACCAGUGCCGGGCUGAUGUCACGUCGUUACUGGAUCCCGUGUUCAACCAAUACGACACGUACUCGAUGAUGAUCGUCGGCCGGAUCGCCAUUAGGAUGCAAGCGCCGCUGAAGAAGUGUAUCUUCCACUUGGCGUGGUCGCCGGAUACACUGCCCACGACCGACGCCAUCGUACCGCUCCAGGAGUACCUGGACAGUCAUCUGAUCACGCUCAACACGAACCUGUUGCCGAAAAACUUCCACAAGGUGUUGAACGGCGUGUGGGAGGUGACCGUGUACGAGCUGGGACAUCAAAUGGAUGGUGGCAGCGGCGACACGAAGAUGUCCGGGUUCUACGAGCGGCUGUACGAGGCUCUGGAACUGUUGGUGGAGUUCUUCCACGCCGAGGGCAAUGGGUUGCCGCCGGAAGUGUUGACCGGAAACGUGUACAGAGCUGUGAAGCAAAGGCUCAAGCUUCACAAGACCGACACGGACACGCUGAUCGAGCUAUACUACGAGGACCGGCUGAUGGAACAACAGCGGACCAAGGAGAUCACGUACGGCGUGCUCUCGGUGCGGGCGUAUUACCAACACGAUUCCCUGUGCGUAGAGGUGCUGAAAGCCCAAAACGUCAUACCGCUGGAUCCGAACGGUUUCAGCGAUCCGUUCGUCAUCGUCGAGCUGCUGCCCAAGUCCAUGUUCCCGUACAGCGCGGAGCAGUAUACCGACGUGAAGAAGAAAACCCUGAACCCGUUGUUCGACGAGUGUUUCGAAUUCGCCGUUUCGAUGGACCAGUGCCGUCACGAGUCCGCCAUGAUACUGUUCACCGUCAUGGACCACGACGUGAUAACGUCCAACGAUUUCGCCGGCGAGGCGUUUCUUUCGCUCAACUCCAUACCGGGCGUCCUCACGCCGUUGCCGCACGACAUCAACAACAUCGACCGAGUAGAUCUGAUUCUCAUGCACCAACAGAACAAAGGUCAUCCGAUACUGCAGACACUGGAGGCCAGGCACGAGGACAAGGUGGCUCAGGACUUCGUGAAGAAACAAAGGGUCCGCACCACCAACUCUUGAAACCUGCAAUGUCAUACCGUGACGGCGCUUACAGGGUGUUGCGUCUCCGGUCUCAGCGACUCGUCUGAGCCUUGACCGUCGACAUCGUCGACAAGCGUGCGACUGCGUACAACCGGCGGUGGGCGUUCGAAGUCGAUGCCGAAAUCCGACGAGAAGAAAAUUUAAACAAACAUUUUACUCGAAACAAAAUAAAAAAAAUACUAUUUUUAAAUACUAUUACAAAAAAAUAAAUAAUUUACGACUGGUACAACGGACGUGAUCAAAAUUUAAUGGAAUCCCCGAUAAUUUCACGAAUUAAUGUUGAUUUCGUUCACUAGAUUAUUUUACAGUAUAAUAAUAUUAGAAUAUACACACUAAUAUUAAUUAUAUAAAAUUGUACAUUCUUAAUUUUUAUUCUUAUAUAAAUAUAAUAGCGUAAGAAUAUAUUAUAUGUAAAUAUCACAGGUCGUUACAAUCACAUAUAAAAUACGAUUCGUACCUAUCUACAGUGCCGGCAGUAGAGUCACUGGCGUCCUGGGUGAAUAUAAAAAUAUGCGCCCAUCCCCGUGUAAUUAUACUAGAAGUUUUAUUUUAAAAUCGUUAUCCGAUUCUAUUAAUAUCUGAAUUAUAAAAAAAUAGCGAUUGCGAACGGCGACUGACAAUAGCAAAUAAUUUAUUAUCUACGGACUAAAUUAUUAUAUACCCAUCGUAAUAAAAAAUUGUCAAUAGAACGGACAGAAUAUUAGAAUUACAUUCCUAUCAUUUUCUUUCAGUUUGAACAUUAUGCCAUCGAUACGUCCCCCUUUCGACGAGCGUUCUGGACGUAGGCCCAGGUCAGCCACCCCUAACGCCGGCCCUGACUAUCUAUACCAUAUUUUAUAUACCCACACGUUUUGUAAUAUUACAUACGACCUCCCAUUCCGCUAUGCAAUACACUGCAAACCACUAUUGUAUGCUCUUCGGAAAUAAUAAUUUAUUCUUUAUUUCACAAGCCACGCGUGCACACAAAAAUAUAAUGUUAUAUACAUAAAUAUAAUGUUUAUUACGAUAUUUUAGACAUUUUUUUUUUUUAUGAUUACUAAAAAGACAAUCUAUAUCAAGUGGUUUCUUCAUUAUAUUGUUCGUGUGUCGAAGAGGUACACAGCAAUGAUAAUAUUGUUAACUCGACCACCGUAGUAUUGUUAUGUUAUUUUAAAUACUAUUAAUAUGAUAUAAAUAGUAUAAUGCUUAGUUCAUAUUUUAGCCACCCCUGAACUUACAAAAUACAUAUAUAUAUAUAUAUAUAUAUUCGGGUUCAUUUUUCUAAUUUGUAUAAUAAUAUAAUAUAGAAAUAUUAUAUACUUUUAGUACUGUAUAAUUCAAACCACAGAAAAUUAUAUGUAAAAGAAUACAUUU